AUGCAGAAAUACGCCAAAGUAUACACUUUCAAAGUCAUUACAAUUUAUUCUCAGAUGUUUUGUCAAUAUAGCUUUAACAUCAGCAGUAAUAGUCCUCGAGGCAUCCUUGAACAUUCAGCAACUACAAAUACCAUCACAACGGCCCUCGCGGAGACGCCGACAGGUUUUGGUGGAAUCAAAAUUCUUACUGCUGGUUACAGGAAAUAUGAUCCACUUCCAGAUUAUACAGGAAUUAUCAUUCCUGAGAAACCCAAAUUGAGAAUUGUUGAGAGAGCACCAAACUUGCUUAAGGUUAGGCGACAGCCCAAGAAUUUACGUGACAUCCAAGGUCCAUCUACAGAAGCCACUGAAUUUACUGAAGGAAAAUUUGGUAUUUUGGCUAUGAAUGGUGGCUAUCUCCGCUGGAUUCACUUUGAAGUUAUGCGUCUAAGUAUUAAUCGGCACAUGAAUUCCAAGACUAUGUUUGCACUGUGGAGAGUCCCUCCUCCUUACAAACCCAUUACUCGCAAAGGGCUCGGACACCGAAUGGGUGGUGGCAAAGGUGCAAUUGAUCACUAUGUGUCAGCAGUGAAAGCAGGUCGCCUCAUAGUGGAAAUUGGUGGGCAUUGUGAGUUUGCUGAGGUGAAACACUUCCUCACUCAAGUAGCCAAGAAACUGCCUUUUGAAGCCCAAGCAGUCAGCAGGGAAACCCUUCAAGAGAUGCGGGACAGAGAAGAGGAGAGGCAGCGUAAUAACCAGAAUCCAUGGACAUUUGAGCGCAUUGUUACUGCCAAUAUGCUGGGAAUACGGAAAUAUCUGAGCCCUAAAGACUUACAGUACAAGGGUCGCUACUGGGGAAAGUUCUUCUUGCCUGACAGGGUGUGAGUGGAAACUUUUGGCACCUGAUCUGCUGCAACCAUUCUUUGAAAACUUUGCCUUUCUCAACACACAGAUUGGUGGGUGAAGAAAUGAGUGGCUAUAUAUCUGGAAGUCCAAUAAGUAUGGAGGGCGAUAAUGAUGUAGAACUUGGUAUAAAUAAACUCAUCAUGGAAGUUUUUUACAGUGUUUGAUAUUUUGACCUUCAUAUGAGAAAUUCUGUGCAUCUUUGAUUUGCAAAGAGGUGGUACAAAAUUCUCAAAAUCCAGUUAAAUAUUUGGAUGUGUCAAUAGAUAUGCUGGACAUUUUAGAACAUUUUAUGGGAAUUAUUUCCUAUUCACAAAAUUGUUGCAAUCUUUCUCAAUAGAGAUUUACCAGACAGUAAACCAGUGAAGUACUUGCUACCCUUCCAGCACACCCUUUUCAUUGAAUGAGAGUGCAUUUCCAAGCACAAAGCAGUGAUUAUGGCUGCUUAUCAUUUGUAAUGGUAUGUGGGAAUGACAUGCAGCCGAGGCAAGAAUCUUCCUCUUUCCUAAGGACAUAGCCACAUCCUUCAUGCCAUUAUUAUUUACUACAAUAAAAAUGUGUCUGGAAUCAAUGUAGAAGUAAAAAUAAGGUGCCAUUUGCUGCUGCUAUUUUUAUAAUUAAAUUAUAUAAUUAUAUUUAUAUAAUUAAAUUAUAUAAUUAAAAGACUAACAAAUACUAGUCAGAUGGUAUAGGCAGCCUUUAAUAAAAACUGGACCAUUGGGUCAUUGUUUCAGAGAUAUUUCGUUACCUAAACAAACAGAAUGACCACAGCAAAGAAAAUCAAUGGGAGCAGCAGCGAUUUCCAAUUUCCUGUCAACUUCCCCAGUUUCCUUAUGGGACAUUGGCAGAAAGCAAGGGAAAUCUUCUUCCCUCCCUCUCUCCUCUUUCUUUCCUCCUUUCUGCCAAGGUCUCCAUUGACUUAAUAAAAAAUAGGUACUAUAUGGGUUGGGGAAAGGGCACAUGUGUGCAGCAUGGAUGAGUAAGAGUAUAUCAGAAUGUACAAGGAUUGCUCAGUAGGUUCAGGAGUAUGUGUUGAGGAGGAAGCAGAGAGCUGUAUGAGGUGUUACACAGGACAGGAAGGAUGCAUGAGGGUGCUGCAUGGAUUGGGAAGUGUGUGUGAGGGUGUAUGAGAGGUGCCACAUUGGUUUAGGGUAUGCCAUGAUUUAGCAUAGGUUGGAGAGGGUGCACAAGAGGAGGAAUCAGGGAGGGCAUGGGGAGUGUGUAGGUUGAGCAGGGUGCACAAAAAUGAGCAGAGGCACCCCCACAAGUUGGGGAGUGUGUGUAGGAUGCAGCAUGGGUCAGAAAGGUUGUGUGAAUGAAUGGUGUGGCAUGAGCACAGAAAGGAAUGGGGAGAUUGUAUAGAUGGGAAAUGUACCUGAGCAAUAUGCGACCUCUCCUGCCUGCUUCCCUGUUCCUGAUAUUCUCAGGCAGCAUCCUACAAGCAAGGACAAGGUUUGUGGGAAAUUGGCAGGGAUCAUGGACAAUUAGAUUGAGUUUAUACUUCCAGCUGGCUUCGCCACUGACUUGUGGGAAGUUGACAGGGAGCAUUGGAAAUGAUAAUAAUGCAGCUGGUUAUGACAACACUAAGUCGCCACAUUUCAAUCCCACAGGAGUCAUUUGAGUCCUGGGUUUUGGACACAUUCUGUUAGCCCAUGUAUGUUGAUUCAAAAAUUGUUGUCCUGUGAUGUAUCACUUUGCCCAACUGAAUAUUACAAACAAACACAACGGUUUUAGUAGUAUGUAGAUUUUUUUAAAGUGUGCAUUUAGACCCAUCCCUGCUGUAAAUUUAGAUGGAAAGAAGUUACUCCAGUAUUUGGAGCUGAACUGGGAAGAUCUUAGGAGAUUCUAAGACCCAAAUUUGUGUGUUUUUUUUCAUAUACUACUGUAUCUGAGCAAUUCUUUUAUGACUUAGUCCAUCACACAUGAUUCUAGAUGAAAUAAACUUUUUAUUCAGGAGGAUUCCUUUUAACAUCUAUGCUUUUGGAACGGUAGCAGAAUAACUUAAAUCUGGAAUUACUAGAAUAGUUCAUUAUAUAGUACAAAUAUCUCCCUUUCCCUAUCUAGUGAUUAAUUCAUUCCAAGGGGAAAAUAGGAGAUAUUUACCCAAAUGGAAACUAAAUGGGUAUCAUUGGAACAGGACAAAUGAUAAUAUGCUAAUAACACUCACUCAUCCUAACCACAGCCAUGAUCCAAAGCAAUAAAUAUUACAUGCUUGAAUAAAUACGUUUUAAUUCUUUAAAUAAAAGACAAACUUUUUCUCAGUAUAUAAGAAAUAUAUUAAGUCAGUAUGUAAAAAUAUGUUGAUACAGUUGAUGUCCAAAUAAAUCUUCAUGAACAUUAAAAAGCCUUGCCUCCACUACGAUGCCUGCAGCUUGGGUCAAAAUUUGCCAUCAUACCGUUAAAUGAGCUGGAAAUAUAUACAUAUCUGUGACUGGAAUCACAAGAUUUAAAAAGAUUGUUCUGGAUAUUAUUCAAAAGGGGAGAAAAUAUGAGACAGCUCUUUGUCCAUGUCUAAUUUCAUUUCAUUGUAGCUAAGAAAGUCUUGGAAGGAGUCUUGGAACAAGCCAUUUCUUUUGACAUUUGACAUAGCACAAGCAGAAAGUACAGCCAGGGAAAACACCUCACAUUUAACAGCAAGGAGGUGCAUAUAGAUUUUGACAGCAAAGGUAAGGCAGGGGAAUAUGUAGCUUGUCAUCUUCCAUAAGAAUCAUUUAAAAUGUCUCCCAAGAAUUGGGUUUCAAUGCCAAAAAGUUUACACUGGGCAGAAGGAGCCAGUAUAACUGGUAAUGAUGUCCCAUAAAAACCUAAGCAUUAGUGUUGACCAACCAAUCAAGAUUUAGGUUGGUUGGCUUUUGGUAGUUGUUAUAAAAAAACCCUUAUGUUCUAACGUCCACUUCCCCCUUCCAAGCUGAAGUUUCUAAGCAUUGCUCUAUUCUGGCUCUUCUUCCCCUUUGUACCAACUAAGACGUUUUGAUAGGUUAAUUAUUGGCUAUGACAUCUCCAAAACUGGAAGAACAGGAGAUAAAGGAGUGGAAAAGCCAAAAUCAUCUUACAGAUCCAUCCUGAAAGAAAAGAGAAGAAAAAUGAGAAGAUAUAGAGAUCAUCAGUGGGGUCUGAGCAUAUUAACCAAAAGAGAUCCUUGAAGUUAUUACCCUAAUAUGUAGAUAGUUUGCCUCCUGUCAAUUAGAAUAAGUUAUCUUUAUUUUUUCAUUUGAUUAAGUUUAAGAAUAUGAUAUUUAACCUCACUUACCUAGAUUGCAUAAGCUUAUUUAAGUAGAUGGCUAUUUUUCUGUAAACAAUUAGUUAUUAAGGAGAAGUAUCAGGUGAAGCAUUUUCACCACAUCUAUGCAUGCACUAGUCUAGGUGGAAAAUAGAAAUACAGCCCAACACAACCACAAUUUGGAGGAUCCCAAUUGCCCUGGUUAAGGUGAUACCACUAAGCUGCUAUAUUCGCAUACAACUUACCUGAGACAAAUGGCAAAGUAAAGGAAUGAGUAUUCACAUAAAGAAGCUCCCAAGAGUAGAAGCCAGGAUAAUGACGAGGAUGAUGCAGCAUAACAUAAUCAUUAUCUUCUUCUGCUCAGCAAGAGGAAA